AUGCUGAGAACCGCAGCGCCUGGAUCCUCCUCGAUCUCCCGUCAGUCCACAUCGGGAAAACGCACUUCGCCCUCUGCUUCCCUCUCCUCUGCAGAAUCUUCGCCUUCCUCAUUGUCGACAAAGGAACAGAAACUGCAACAAUUGCAGGCCCUUCAGCGUCAGCAGCAGCAACACCUCAAACUGCAGCGCCAACAGCAAUUGGAUACGCCACGGAUGUAUGCAGAUCGAUACGAAAAGGCCCAAGGUGCAGGCACGGCGGUGGACCAGCGGCAGCACGAGCCUAUGUGGGCGUCACAGGAGACCAGGGAUGCCUGGAUUAACGUUGCGGACGCGGUGGGCGGAACCCGGCCCUCGGGUCACUGGGAGCGGCGGCACUCGCACCUCUCCGACAAAAACAUGAACCUCGGCCCCAUGAAACUGCUUUCUGAUGAGACCCCACCCGAUGACAUGGACGGUAGCUGGGGCCUGGACGAUCUGGACGACGACAACAACAACAACAAGCACCAUCAGCACGAUACUCGAAAUCACCCAGCAUUUAAUGAACAAAACGAUAGCGAGAUCACCAAAAACAAUAAUGACAACAAACCCGCCACCACUAUCAAUAACGACAGCAGAAACAUGAAUGUCCAUGGUAACGUCCACAUGGGCAAGAAUGAAAAGAUGCCAAGUCCCAAUCCUGCCAGCCGGAGUCGCUCCAGGCAGUUUCAGCAGGACAUGGAGAGGAACACAAACAGCCCACUCCGAUCACGAUCUCAGACUACUGUGCAGGAUAUAAACGGCGGUAGCAGGGGUUUCCUUGGCGAUGUAGACCAGCACAGUAGCAGCUCAUUUCUCAGCACCCACAUCAGGAAAAGCCCACCAGUCUCGCGCAAAAACAGUAGCGCUUUGAAGUAUCCUUGGCGAGAUUCGAAACACGAAACCAUCUUCACUGAUCUAGCGGAUGAGCAUGCGCAAUUGAGGCUGUCGCGGGAUCAUGACGCAUUGUCGACCACCCCUCGGCCACAGGCAAGCACAGGCAAGGGUAAUCAGCAGCAUAGUCGCGCCAGCGAUGAGGACACAUCCUCGUCCCUGAGCUUGAGCGACAUUAUCGACGCAGUCAACAAAGGCGAGGAUUCAAUCGACCCUGCCCGUUCUUCGAAAUACGAACAAGCAAGGAGACGUCUCGCCCAGCUCUCACCUGACAGAAACCUACAGGAAGAUGGUUUAGAUGAUCUGCCAAGCUCAGUGACAGGAUCACCAGGUGCCAUGGCCUUUCAAAACAACCAGGAGGCAUUCAAACAACAGCGAUUGAUGAGAGUAAUCAAAGCCGCCAUGAACAUCGACCUCAACGAUAAUCGAAGCCAUGCUCCCUCGGAUGAUGCAAAAGAUGCCUCCAGCUUGUUGACAGCAAAUGCCAAUUUGCAGAUCAAAACCGCUGUCACGACUAGUAGAUCCCAGUCCAAUAUACCCGUCUCGUCUCACUCGUCUCGCUUCUCUUAUGGAUCUCGCCACCGUUCCCAGGGCUCACGGGAUACAGAAAUUGGCGACCGGGGCAGCACAACAUCGAGGGACAGCGUUUACAGGGACAGCCUUUCAGGAUCGACCUUGGGAUCUGCAGGAUUCCAUGCCCAACUGGAGGGGUUCAAUAAGCAUGAGAUGGUCAACGCCUUCACUGCGCUUAAGACUGCCGCCGUUGCCCAACUUUUGUCCUCUGAUGUCGACCCCAAGAACACGACCCGGAUCUUGCCUCGCAACGUCAACACUAAAUCCCAAUCCCACACCAAUGUCCAACAACAGGAAGUACAAUCAGCUCCACAACAGCCUGUUCUUGAGACGAUAAUUCCAGAGGACACGGACCCUACACCGCAUCCCAAGGAUCGUGUCAACGUGUCCUCGGCCAGAGGAAUCGACGGUCAUCAUAGGCGCUUCAGGCCCGAGACUGAUCCUCUCCGUGCAAAACAGUAUGCUGCCCUGGCAAACAAGAGGUUGUCCAAACAGACGAGUUCUUUUGUAGAAGAGUUGGCGACUGCCACAGCUCUGAAGUCUGCGAUGGACAGCUCGAUCAGAAACACGCCGUCAUCUGCAUCGAAACAGUCAGAGCAACAAUUGACAGUGGAGGACGAUGUAUCUGACAGAAUUCUUGAAUAUCACGGCAACAUAAACCAUGACGAUGAGUUUUCCAAAACUGAGAAGCGCGAUGCGACAUUCAAGAAGGUUUCUCGAGAGGAGGACAAGGAGGAGGCGGACGAAAAUUCAGACGCUGAGUUGGAUGAUCUUGGGUCGCUUAUCGGAUCCAAGGGCAUGGAAGAUGCAUUCAGGGGACUUGAGAGCCUUGACAUGUCAUUUGAUACCAUGGCGGGAGCGAAGUGCGAUCAGGAUGUCGCCAGGAGAACGCAAACAGACGACGAGGGUGCUGGUGAAUACUUGUCUGCAGUGUCUCUGCCCUCGAAGCCCAAGCGGAAAGGUGAGUACUCGCUCAAGUGGGAGGAUCAGGUGGACACUGUCUCGAACGCGGAUACUUCUCGUCUCGGAAUCAAUGCCAGCAUGACUCGCUCUUCGUCAAACGCAGGUGUGCACGAUACCUCUGGUCUGUUUGCCGAGCAGGCCUCAUUCAGUCAUGCAAAGGGUCAUCUACUCCGCUUCAUCACUGGACUUCAUCCUUGGGACGAGUGGGACCAGGUCAAGACUUUGGAUUUAAGCAAGAGAGAGGUUGAGAGUACCAUCAAGCUGGAUCAUUUGGUCCCCAAUCUCGAGGUCCUGCUCUUGAACGAGAACCAGGUUUCUUACUUGACGGGUGUCCCCAUAUCUGUCAAGACCCUUCAAGCUCGAUCCAACCAGCUGAGCGAUCUCACCAACUUUAGUCAUCUCAUCAACCUGCAGUAUCUGGAUAUCUCUCAUAACGAAAUUGAGGACCUGACUGGCUUGUCAAGCCUAGUUCAUCUGAGGGAACUGAUUGCCGAGGACAACAAGAUCAAGAGCGUGUCGGCACUGCAACAGAUGGAUGGUCUGAUCCGACUGGAUGUCUCGCACAAUUGCUUGACCAGCCUUGACUUCAGAUGGAGCAAACUGACACGUCUCGAGUUCUUGAACGCAUCUUAUAACAAAAUCGAGCAGCUGGAAAACCUUGAGUCGCUCACUGGACUCAUUCAUGCCAAUCUUGCGCACAAUUGCAUUGAGGAUAUCAGCCUGGUGCAACAGCUGCGUCGUCUCCGAAUCUUGCGGUUGUCUGAAAACAAAUUGGUGACAUUUGAUGCGACACCAUUCCCAGGUCUACGAACCCUGUACCUGGAUGACAAUCGCCUGCAGUCUUUAGAGAACUGUCAGAAGCUGACGCGCCUCGAGAACUUUUCGGUGCGCGAUCAAGAAGGCGAGGGUAUCGCUAUCGAUAUGACGGAGUUUGUGAACAGUCGCAAGCUGUACCUCUCGGGCAAUCCGAUCCAUGCACUGGACUUUGAUAUGGGCUUCUAUCGUCUUGAGUACCUUGAGGUCUGUGCAGGAUGCCUGUCUGAGCUGCCCCUAGAAUUUGCAACACUGUUCCCAAAUCUAAGGGGUUUGAAUCUCAGCUAUAACGGACUGGAUUCAAUCUCGGCCUUGGAUGGUCUACAUAGGUUAAGGCGAUUGAUUUUUGUCGGUAACAAUCUGAAGAGUUUUAGCGAUAUCUUGUCGCUUCUCAAGCGUAUGCGCUCCCUUGUCACGCUUGACCUCAGACAUAAUCCAUUGACAUCCAAUAUGUACCCCGUCAUGUCGGUCGGCCAGGGCUCCAAAUAUCAGGACACUUAUCGUACAAACCAGAAUUCGGAGACAGAGCUAGACUGGCGUCGACGCGAUAUUGGCUUCCGACGAGCACUUCCGGAUGCCAAGUAUGUGAAGCGGUCCGUGUACCGAUCCGCAAUCAUCAAGUCUUGCAAAAGACUUGAAUGGUUCGAUGGCGGUGUGAUCCAGACCAAGGAACGAGAGCGUGCUCCUAUUGUUCUGGGCGAUAUGCUGGACAACUAUGGCAGGAACUACUUGGUCAACAAUCGCCGUGAGGAUGAAGAGGAGGAUCUUGAGUUUGAGGAAGGACAUGAAGGAUACUACACUACCGAGGAAUACGUUAAUCCGCAACAGGAUGCAGACUGGCUCUACAAUCGAGAGCAACUGGAGCAACUGGCUCAGGAACAGCACUUUCAAAACGGAGAGAUGGACGCGGGCGAGGACUUUGAUCACGAUGGUCGAGACCCAGAGGACAUUACGGACAAUAGCAGGCGACCUGGCAGCAGUGUCGAAAGUGGGAGUCUGAGUGGUAGACGUCAACAGCAACAGCAAUCGCGACCGCAAUCUUUGGCUCUAAAAUCGACGCUCACUCGCUUCUCUGGUACAACUCAGCAGCAGCCCCGCAGACUACACUCGUCCUCCGGAUACCAGAUGGUGUCGCCUUCGCCCAAGGGACCCGUUUCAUUGUCAAGGACGUCUUCGAACGCGAUGCGCGUCAAGCCCAACAGGAUGAGCUCGAGCAGCACUCUUUCUCACAAUCAGCUUCAACAGCAGUUCCAGCAACAACAACGGCAACAGGAUGAGGCCGAGGACGUGCACUAUGAGGGCUCCCCAGAUAAGCGCUCUGCAGUCCGGAGCUGGAGGGAUGAGGUGAACGAAAUUUCGCAUAGAAAGCAGCAUUCGCCAAGAGUCCACCCCUCGUCUGUAUCCAGUGCAGCUAUUGUCCAAGAUGCUCAGUCGAAGUCUCAGCAAUUGCGUCGAGGCGAGAAGGGCAAUGCUGAUAGCAGCCGAAAUGGGAGCAGUACCAGUGGUGCUCGCAACGAGACAACCAACAUCAAUGCAGCACAUGAGAUCAGCACGAUUGCAGUGGCCAAUAACAGCGGAGAGAACGAAAACGAAACCCUGUAUCAGAGCCAGAUUCGUCCGCCUCUUAGACGGCGUGCCAGUACCAUUGGUGCUCGCAAGUUCUGCAUCCCGGCUCCGCCGCUCUUCCAAUACCAGUCUCAGCAGCAGCAGCAGCAGCACCGGCUAUCAACGCAUUCCCGCGGUCGGUCGGAUGCCACUUCCGGGCCCAUGUCGCCAGCAACUGGCCUCAAUCGACAACACGUACAGCAGCCAGGUCGACCGGCAUCACAGCACGGGGUUCUCGGAUAUGAUAAUGGAGAGUUUGGCGCUAGCUCGUUGCACCAGUCUCAGCACCAGCUUUCGAUGUCUCCUAUGGGGGGUCCCAGUGCCAUGACCGCUAGUGGCACUGUUCUUCGACCAGCACACCAUCGAAGACGGUCAUUUGCGGUAUACCCAAGCGGAUCUGCCAAUGCUCGCAGGAAGGAGCUCUUGGGCUUUGAUCAGCAGCUGCAGAACAGCCCUGGACGCCAUGCGACAGCUCCAAUGAUGUCGAUGAGUGCGAGUGCACACAUGCUGACACAGUCCCCGAUGGCAUCGCCCGGUUAUUUUGGCAUAACCCACCAUGGGACGCAAAGUCCGUUUGGAUUCAGCAAGGGUGCGAUGACACCCGGUGGCGGAAGGAGUCUUCCGAAUACGCCCUCAAGAAACGGACGCGCUAGCCGCGUGAGUUUGGGAGCAGGAUCCCAUCACUACCCACAGACAUUGGCGCGCGACAUGGAGCUGUCUGAAAUGGCAAGCUAA